GGGAUAUCAUCAUCACUCUUUACUUACUAAAUAUAUAUAUUCACUCUUUUUCUUUCCUUGACUCUUACAAUGUUGACCACUGCCAUUCUUUUUGGACUACUUGGUUCGUCCUCCCUGGUUUUCGGGGCUCCUGCUGCUGAGCCCGUCCAGGGCAGCGGGCUAAUUCCCCGUGCCUCCAGCUGCACCUUUUCCGGGUCCACUGGUGCCGCGGCUGCAAAGGCAGGCAAGGCCAGCUGUUCCACCAUCAUCUUAAACAAUGUUGCCGUGCCAGCUGGUACUACUUUAGAUUUGACUGGUCUUGCCACUGGCACUGAGGUCAUCUUCCAAGGCACUACCACCUUCGGUUACAAGCAGUGGGAGGGACCUUUGAUCUCCGUCUCUGGAACAAACAUCAAGGUCUCCGGAGCCAGCGGACAUGUGCUCGAUGGCGAUGGUUCUCGCUGGUGGGAUGGCGAGGGUUCGAACUCCAAGACCAACAUCAAACCCAAGUUUUUCUUUGCCCAUGGCCUUAAGGGAACUUCCAGCAUCACAGGCUUGAACAUCAAGAACUCUCCGGUCCAGGUGUUUAGCAUUGACGGCUCUUCUGGCCUGACUAUCAGUGGUGCCACCAUCAAUAACAAGGACGGUGAUGUCAACUCCCUCGGCCACAACACCGACGCCUUUGAUAUCGGUGACAGUGACAGCAUCACCAUCACUGGUGCCACUGUUUACAACCAGGAUGACUGCCUUGCUAUCAACUCGGGAACGAAUAUUGUCUUCUCUGGCGGUUACUGCUCCGGCGGUCACGGACUGUCCAUCGGCUCUGUCGGCGGCCGCUCUAAUAAUGUUGUUGACACUGUGAAGAUCAGCGACACCCAGGUUGUUAACUCUCAGAACGGCGUUCGUGUCAAGGCUGUCGCCGGCGCCACCGGUAGCAUCAAGGGCGUCACCUUCCAGGACAUCACUCUCUCCGGCAUCACCAGCCAGGGAGUCACCAUCCGUCAGGACUACACCAAUGCUGGAUACACUGGAAGUCCUACCACCGGCGUUCCCAUCACUGGUCUCACCUUGAACAAUGUCCACGGCACUGUUACCUCUGCCGGUACCGAUGUCACUAUCGAGUGUGGUAGCACCUCCAGCUGCUCUGGCUGGACUUGGACGAAGGUCGCUGUGUCUGGCGGAAAGGCUGAUCUUUGCAAGAAUGCCCCUUCCGGCACUUGCUAAGCUGAUGGGCUAAACAAAUAGCUAUGGGAGCUUCAUGUUAUUUCCAGAUAUUUAAUAUGAUUUCCUGGGCUCCUAGCGAUAGGGCGAAGCCCAUUAAACAUGGA